CCACCACCGAAGCUCUCUGUUCCCAAACCGCAAUCGCGAGCUCCAUCUCUCUAUCCUACCUUCCAACCACCUCUCUUACCCCCUCUACCAACAACCCCCCAAAGAUGGCUCAAACACCACAACAACGCGCCGCCAACGCGCGCUUCGCCAAAGAAACGCAGACCAAGAUGGGCAAGCCCGCCUCCGCCCUCAAGCGCAAGGAGAAUCUCAAGAGCCCGAUCAGUAAAGGGUGGAUUGUGCUGCUGGCAUUCGUACUCUGCGGCGGCGUCAUCUUCGAGGUCCUCAGGCUAUUUUUCUAAGGCGCUCGUCUUCGACCCAUAUCCGUAUCCCAGACAAGGU